CUAGGAUCAAAUGAAACAAAGAUUGUCCUACUGGGAAAAACUGGCGUUGGGAAGAGCAGCCUUGGCAACACCAUACUGGGAGACAGUCUGUUUAAAGGUUUAUUAUCUCCAGAAUCUGUUACAAACAAGUGCAACGCAGAAUCUAAAUAUAUCAACGGAGAACGUGUCACAGUUAUUGACACUCCUGGCUUCUUUGACAACACAUUGGAAGAAGAGAAGCUGAAGGCUGAGAUGAUUAAGUGUAUCGAACACUGUUCAGCCGGGAUUCAUGCAUUUCUCAUUGUGCUGAAAGUGGACCGAUACACAGACCAGGAGAAGGAAAUCAUUAAGAUGAUCAAGCAAUAUUUCUCAGAGGAAAGUCUGAAACAUGCUGUGGUUGUGUUUACACAUGGUGACCAGCUUGAAGAAGGGCAGACCAUUGAUGAAUUUGUUGGAAAGAGUAAAGAUCUGAAAGAGCUGGUGGAUAAGUGUGGUGGAAGGUGCCACGUUGUUGAUAACAAGUACUGGAAAAACCAGCAGGAUGGAUACAGGAGCAACAGGUUUCAAGUGAAGCAGCUUCUCAAAACAAUAGAAAAUAUGAAACAAAACAAGGGCGUCUACACAAACGAGUUCCUUCAGUUAGUAGUGGGGCAUAUUUUGAAAAUCUCAGUUGGAAUCACAGUUGGAGCAUUGCUGGGAAUGUUACUUGGUGCCACGGUUGGUGCAUACCACAGCACAGAGGUCUGGGCAGAGGAUGAGACCAAACCUGCUGCUGAUGACGAAGAGGAUAAGUUACGAACUAGAGAGAAGAUCAACAGAAGUAACUUCUCUGGAGGCUCCAACCCAGAGGAAACAUAA